GGAUAUUCGUACGAUCUUGCAAUGAGACAUUACUAUGACGAAGAAACAUCUGACAAACGAUGUUCGGAGAAAAGAUUAUCACAUGAAGCUGUUAAGAGUCUCGACCUGGGUAAGGAGUUGACCGCGCCUAGCUAUCAGAGACGCGGAUGUUUGCAGCUGUGGCAGUUUCUCGUCGCUCUACUAGACAACCCAGCAAACACGUCAUGCAUAGCCUGGACCGGUCGAGGCAUGGAAUUCAAACUCAUAGAACCCGAAGAGGUUGCUAGGCGUUGGGGAAUACAGAAGAACAGACCUGCUAUGAACUAUGACAAGCUGAGUCGAUCGUUACGAUACUACUACGAGAAAGGUAUCAUGCAGAAGGUAGCCGGUGAACGUUACGUCUACAAGUUCGUCUGCGACCCGGAUGCACUCUUCUCGAUGGCUUUCCCCGAGAACCACCGUCCAAUCCUGAAGUCAGAGAGUCUACGCGAGAGCCACCUAUCGCAGGGUUCCCCGACACAGACGCGUGGUGGAGGAGAGACAGUCCCGCUAUCGCACAUCAGUGACAUGAGCCAAAUAGGAUACCUACCACCAGAGGUCAGCAGGAUGCAGCAGCGAUGUUACAGCGGACCGUACAUGGAGGGCUGCGUGUACUGAUGCACGAUUCCUCUGGUUGCGAAGGCGAACACGAGGUGGCAGCACUGAUUCAAGAGGCGACCUGGGUGGAUGUACGGUGACUGAGCCUGCCAUGGGUGUGUCUUCCUAGGUACUUAAAAUGUCGGGGAAAUUGUGCAAAUAACCGGAAACAGCCAGGCGUUCGCAGUGGUAUAAUUAGGUCCCGUACACGUUCUUAUGAUUUUGUCGUGCUUCCCCUUUUUGCAAUUAAGGAAAUUUUCGAAUCGUUUUAUAUGCCAUCGUCUUACGGCCAUGUCACGCGCGUUGACAGGGGAAAAGUCACCUUUGGUUAAUAAUGAGUUAGCUUGAAGGAGAUUACUCAGUAUUAACAGUUACAUGUCGUGCAUUUCUGAACUGAAUGUUUCAUAGUAAUUUAUACUACAAAAAGGUUUAUACUACGGUCACUGGUGUUGUCAUAGACCUUGGUUGAAUAUGGACAUUAUUUUCGUUCACCCAUGUGUUGUUUCAUUCUUUGUUAGUUAUAUUUAUAGUUUUCUACAUUGUUGAUUCUUGCUGUCACGCAAGAUAGGAUGUAAAUCGAUCAGAAACGAACGUAAAUAUUGGUCAAUGUUAUGGCUCUUGUUGUCGUCCCCUUAAAAGAAUGGCAAUACUUCAUCGUUUAGCAUCACUUUCAUUUCAAAUCGUGUUUAAUUAUGAUACGUACCAAUUCUACUUUUUAAUAUUGGGAAUUAUUAUUAAGAUCGUACGUACAAAUUGCUUGCGAUUGUAUAUAUAAACCUACCCCGUUACGUCACUGACUGUGCUUCAUCACGUGACCGUAUUUUUUAAUGACCUAUAUUUACUUAAUCGCAUGGAACUAAAGGUGUCCCAGUCAGGCACGUGACAACAAUAAUUAUGAAUUCUCACGUUAGCAGCCUCACAGAUAAUACACCUCUUACCCAAUCACAAUAUUAUAAGUAAAUUAUCAACGUACAAGCUAUAGUAUUGCACCGAAUUAAAUUUUCCUCUCUGAUGUACCCAGAGUAAACUCAUGUCACUGGUCGAAGCCCGAUAACGGAAGAACGUGAUUUCGAAGUUUCUACUAGGAUUCCACUAACACCCGUGUUCCCUCGCACGUACUGCGGGCGUGUCAUGGUGGUGGUAUGACACGUCAGUGUAUCAACUAUGACAGCCACCCUAGCUAGGACGAGGAAUUUCUAUUACGUGUUAUAUUCAGCGUGUAAGAGCAAGCCGCAUGGAUCGUGGUUUCUGUGGAUAAAAGACGAACGGCUGUUCAAAAAUUAUUUUGUAUUAUAUUGAAUAUUCGUUCAUCCGCACGACAUUGUUUGUAGAUUGUUUGUAUCCCGAGCGAUUGCUUGCGAUCCGGUUGCGUCCGUCUGUCCGUCAGCUGACAACUAUAUACGCGACGGACUGAAGUUGUGCGAGAUACUGAUGAUGACAUCCGGGCACCUUUUGAUACUCCGUAAAUUUUACUGUUCUUGUUGGGUCGCACCACACCUGGAAUAUAUGUGCGCGUGCGUGCGUGCGUACGUGCGUGCGUGCGUGCGUG